AUGAUGCCUUUGAUCUCCGUGGCGGUCCUUCUUUGCGGAACCGCCUCCAUGUUCACAGGAGAUGCGCUGCGCUAUGUGUGGUAUGCCUUCGGCCUGAUGCUGGCUAGCAUCAUGUUCUACCACAACGCUCUUCAGAUCAAAGAGAACAGCGAGGGCGAGGAGAGUCUGUUCAGUGGAGACUCCGACUUCCGCAAGCUCUCCAUCGUUUUGAUCGUCACUUGGUUCCCCUUCCCGCUGUGGUUCAGCUUGAGUGUGGAGGGCUUCGGUGUCAUCAAUGAUGGCUUCAUCAUCGAAAUGGGCUGGGUGAUCCUGAACAUCGUGUCGAAGUUCCUUUUCAUCAUCAUGAUGCAGCGAUACAAGAUGAUCCACCAGCGCAAGAUCGAGGCGGCCCGGGAGCUCUAUGGCCUCUCUCCUUCCGAUGAAGUUAACGAGGAAGAUCUGAAGAAGCAAGCGAUCAGCAACGGGGUUGCGAAUGGAGGCGUCAACGCCGAGGCUUACGGCCUGGGCCAGGGAGAGGAGGCGCAGAGUGAGUUGAAGCUCGUUGAACUGGUGGCCGAAACGAUGGUGACGCUUGGGAUGAGCAGCCACACCGACCGGCUGAUGAGGUUGAUGGUUGAGAACGGUGUCACGAACACAGCAGUCUUGGAGCGCUUGACUGCGGAGCGCUGCAUGGAGUUGAAUCUGCCGUGGGCUCUGAUUGAUGCAGCCCAGCGCCGCUGGACAGCGGAGAAGAUGAACAUGGGCCAGGACACAGGAGGCAACAUCGAGAAGGAAGAUCCUUUCAAGAAGCUUCUGGAAGCCAACAAGGAGCGCAUGGUGGGCAAGAACCUCGUGAACUCCCUUCCUGGUAUGUUCUCCGGUGGUAUGAACACCCCUCCCGUGGCGGGCAUGGGUAUGGGUCCGGGUAUGGGCAUGAUGGACAUGGCUGGCAUGGAGGAGCAGAUGAUGUCCGUGAUGAACAAGGUGAUGGUUCCAUAUCAGGACAUGGUCAUGAGUCGGAUGCAGGCAAUGGAGGAGAACCUUCAGCGCCAGCUUGAGAUGACACAGGAAGCCAUCUCCCAGCGUAUGGACUUCUCGCAGGUCUCGCUUCUGCAGACCGUCAACGCUUGCCAAGUGCUGCUUCACAAGCUGGACUCGUCGCAGGAGACGGUGAUGCAGAAGAUGGACACGCAAAAGUCCAUUGUCGACCGCAUGGUGGAGUCCUACUCAGGCCUCGUUCAGAACAUCGACAGCGCCAGCGACAACACGAAGAGAUCCCUUCUGGACACGGUCAACACAUCCUCCGCUGUGAUGCUUCAGAAGCUCGACACCACGCAGCAGGAUCUGCUGAAGCAGACUCAUGAGUCUCAUGCCGUGCUCCAAGGAGUGGCACAGUCGCAGACCAGCCUCGCAAAGAAAGUGGACUCGGGCAACGAGUUUACAACGCGCCGUCUGGUGGAGAUGGAGACCUGCCUGAGCAAGAAGGUUACCGAGACUGGCGACACGAUGUCUCGCUCGCAGACUGCUUGCUCCGAGAAGAUCCUCGAGUCCCUGCGCGACGACUUGUCCACCCUUGCCCAGCAGGGCAAUGCCAUGGUCGAUGCUACGGAGAAGUCGGCGAGUGCACAGGAAGAGCGCAUGUCAGAUGUCCGCCGCCAGAACAUGAUGAUCCUCGACCUGCUGACUCAAGCCCAAGAGACCAUGCACACCAGCGCCGAGUCUCUUCAGAGCUUCACCCGCUCCGAGAUCAUGCGCGAUUCCGCGGCGAACAUGGAGAUGCAGAUUCGUGAUGUGGUCCUGAAACAGAUGAACAAGAUGCAGGAGGCCUUCUUGGGCGAGGGCGAAGAAGGAGGCAGCUCCUUCAAGGACGCCGUCACGAACAUGGUCGCAAAGUUGGAGGAGAGCGCCAUGCGCCUCGAAAGCGCCAACUCCGUGAACGCUGGCACUGGCAAGGAUCAGAGCGAGGUGACCGAGAGCAUUCGCCAGGAAUUGGCCGCCCUUGCGAUGGCACUGUCGCAACAACAGCGUGAGAGCUCGCAAGAGAGUCUGGCACAAGUGAGCGAAGCACUCCGCGUGCAGCUGCUGCCUCUACAGGAUACCCAAUCGCAAGUCUCUGGCGCCUUGGACGCGAAAGUCGCCGAGAUUCAGAACACCAUGACUGAGAACCUGAUCCGAGUGGAGAUGGGUAUCGACAAGGUGCUGCAGACAGUGGAGGCUUCAGGUGGCAAGCCGUCCUCCGGUGCCGAGAAGAAGGGCUCGCGAGCGGCCGACCGCGGCUGA